AUGUCAUUUGAUGGAGCCUCCUCUGAGUUAGUAACCAAUGUCGUUUAUUUGCAGCGCACCAGCCCCACCUUCGCGGACUUUUGCAUCUCACACGCGACCAGCCCUAAUUACCGGUUUCUUUACUCACAGGAGGAUACCAUAGAGAGGCGGCUUUAUUUGAGACUACUUGACGAGGCGCAGCGGAAAGACACGUUGGGUGCUGUGAGCGAGAAAAGAAGUUUGCCUCGCCAUCGAAAGUCGACCAUGGCAGAAGGGACGGAUGGAUUCUUGUCCUACGACGUGCGCACGGUGUGGUGUGCCCUUCAUAACCGCGUCCUGUGGCCCUUUAUUCGUCUUUAUCCUUCAACACGCGGGGAUUCUGGCCCCUGCUCACAAUCCCCUACAUCACCGCGACUCAGCCCUCAGGCCCCGCUCAUUUUCUCCUCACCGCAGGAGCUGCGGCGAUUUAUGAUGGACGUCCUCCACGCCGCGGAGAAGCCUCAAAAGGCGAAUGUUGAGUGUGUUGUCGACUACAUGCUAAGCCGCUUGCCGAUGACGGAGUGCUUUCUUCUUGUCAUAACAUACCUCGUGGAGGAGCUUUUGGGGUUCGGGCGGAUGCAUUACCCUCCGCGGAGGAGCCUUCAGGCUUUUUUCCUGUCCACUGGUGUUGAGUUUUGCGGGGAUGAGAAAGGAACUAAUCAACUUCUCAAGCGUACCAGGCCCGACGGGGGUGUCUCGGCGGUGUCAGGAAACGACGAGUUUCUGAUCGCAGGGGGGUCUCGGGAAGGCGGUGAUAAUGGUGGUUCUGUGGGCGUGGAGGUGGAUAAGGGAUAUCAGGAGGUUAGCUUCUACAUGGAAGCAGCCGGGACUGUGUUUUUUAUUGCAGCAAUGUUGUUCGCACAACAUCAUAAUCGUGAGUCACAACUGCCAAAUUUUCGUACUGCAAUGUGCCCCAAUAGCACCUCGCGAGUGUUGGAGGUUGAGGAUAAGAAGGGUUUGUACUACCAGUGCGCAUUCGAUUACUAUAUUCUGCGAAUGGUUCAGGCCUUUACACGUGCUGCAAAGGUGAUGUGCCAUAAUUCGGAACAUAACUUUUCUGUUUUUGGGUUUGUAGCCGACACACUUCAGGUGUGGUUGGCGGAUCACUAUUUUCCCAGUGAAGACACUAAGGAUAAGGCCAAGUUGAUACUUGGACGAAUGACAGCUAUUUCGGGAGACAGCAUUGUCGUAGCGACAGAUCAAGUCUAA